UACUCCACCUUUUUUAAUUUCUACGUUUCCAAAAACAAAUAAAGAAUUAGUUUCUCCGGAUGUAUUAAGCAUUAUGAAACUUCAUACAAAUUAUGCUGCCGCUGCAUACUGUUCAAAACCAAAAUUAAGCAAUUGGACUUGUGGUUCUCGGUGUUUUGGUAACGUUACAGUCGAAAAAAUAUUCCAUGAUGAGCUUAAAGGUGCUUACGGGUACAUCGCCGUUAGUGAGGAGAAUAAGACUAUCGUCGUUGCUUUUAGGGG